UUGGAUAUUUUUGAGACCGACCAGUUUUUAUCGUGUUUAUAUCAUAUGGUCUAAAGCAGGUGUUGUUAUUAGUGAAGUGGACCAGCAGGGGCGCUAGUUGUCCCUCUCUGUCUCAUUGUUUGUGACUCAGUUAGUCAGUGUUGCUCUGCACCGCCGGGCGGAGAGAGCGACGGGAAAGAGGGAAAUGGCGGACGGUGUAGAUCACAUCGACAUUUACGCCGACGUAGAGGAGGAAUUCAACCAGGAAGCUGACUACCCUGUCCACGAACAGAUUGACCUGUAUGAUGAUGUAAUAUCCCCAUCAGCCAACAAUGGUGAUGCUCCAGAAGACCGCGACUACCUGGACACACUGCCUACACCAGGUGGCUCAGAGGGAGGGAAGAGUUCCCAGCCAAAUGUGGUGUACACAUACACAGGCAAAAGGAUUGCCCUGUACAUAGGAAACCUCACAUGGUGGACGACAGACGAGGACCUGACAGAAGCUAUUCGGUCAGUAGGCAUCACAGAUGUGCUGGAGAUCAAAUUCUUUGAAAACCGAGCCAAUGGCCAGUCAAAAGGGUUUGCACUCGUGUGUGUGGCCUCGGAGGCAUCGUCCAGGAAGUUAAUGGAGCUGCUGUCAAAGAGGGAGCUUCAUGGUCAGAAUCCCAUUGUCACGCCGUGCAACAAACAAUCCCUCAGCCAGUUUGAGAUGCAGUCACGUAAAAGUUGGUGUGGAAGUGCGCGAUCAGAUGGUACCCAGUCAGGCCAGAUGUCUGGGGAAGGUAAAGCUGGUCCCCCUGGCGCUGGCCUCCGUGGGGGUUUCCCCAUGGGUCGAGGCAGAGGCAGGUUCCCUGGACCACCUGGCCCCGGUGGAGACCGAUUCCCUGGUCCUGUUGGGCCUGGAGGACCGCCACCACAUUUCCCUGGCCCAGGGAUGAGACCAGAUCUGAUUAGGCACCAAGAUGGCCCUCUGAUGGAUAUGAGUUUCAAUCCCUUCCCGCCGGGGGGCAGGAACGGGAGCUGGCGUGGCAGAGGUGGAAUGCAGGGCCCCCCACGUCCUCCUCCCGGGCCACCUGGUCCUCCAGGGCCUCCACCUCCUGGCCAGGGCCUCCCCCCUCCCCUCGCUGGUCCUCCAAAUCGUGGGGACAGGCCUCCUCCCCCAGUUCUCUUCCCUGGUCAGUUUGGCCAGCCUCCAAUGGGACCCCUGCCCCCAGGCCCACCUCCUCCAGGUUAUGGCCCUCCCCCUGGUCCCCCACCCCCUCAACAGGGCCCACCACCCCCAGGACCCUUCCCUCCACGACCCCCUGGUCCCAUUGGGCCCCCCAUGGCUUUGGCGCCACCUCCACACAUGCCAGGUCCUCCACCAGGUGGACCACCACCAGCACCCCAUGUCAACCCUGCCUUUUUCCCCCCACCUGGCAACAACAACAUGCCCCCAAACGACAGCCGAGGCCCCCCUGGACCAAACGACCCAUACGGACGCCCGCCACCAUAUGAAAGAGGGGACUAUGGUCCUGGAGGCCGGGAGAUGGAGGCGUCACGGACCCCUCUGAGUGAGGCAGAGUUUGAGGAGAUCAUGAACCGAAACAGGGCCAUCUCCUCUAGUGCCAUAUCUCGAGCAGUGUCUGACGCCAGUGCAGCUGACUAUGGAAGUGCUAUAGAGACCUUGGUGACAGCGAUUAGUCUGAUUAAGCAGUCCAAAGUGUCAGCAGACGACCGCUGUAAGGUCCUCAUCAGUUCCUUGCAGGACUGUCUUCAUGGCAUUGAGUCAAAAAGCUACGGUUCCGCUUCCAGUCCAAUGAUGCUUGUCCAUGCCAGGCGAGAACGUUCCAGGGAACGAGACCACAGCCGCUCUAGAGAAAAGAGCCGGCGUCACAAGUCCCGCAGUCGUGACCGGCAUGAGGAUUAUUACCGAGAACGCAGCCGGGAGCGGGACCGUCAUCGGGAGAGGGACCGGGACCGAGACCGGGAGAGGGAGAGGGAGUACAGACACCGCUAGGCGAGAAGGGAGCUUACGAGGAUCAAGGAUGGAUGUAAGGAAAAGGGGAAAGAAUUUCAAUGCGCCACCACCUCCUUACCCUGCAUGACCGGACAAGAUUACAACCACCACCUCUUCCUCCAUCUCUCCUCUCCACCUAUCCAUCUCUCUUGUCUGUUCAUCUUUGCUGCCUGAAUAAGAGCAGUGGAUGGAAGACCCUGACCUGUGUAAGGCUUUGUUAUCCAAACAUCUAUACUCAUGGUAACUAAAGACAAAAGAGAAAAAAAAAAAAAACUUUCCAAACAGUUCUUUUAUUUUUAUGGUUUUAUUUGACAUGAAGAUGACUGUGUGAUGCUUAUUUUUUUUUAUUUUUUUUUGCGAAGAAACAAUAAAUUGUCCCUCACAUCCCUAACAAAAAGACAAACAUUACAGCCUUUUUUUCUUUUUUCCCCUGGCUCGCUGUACUGUGUACAUUCAGUUUAGUUUUUAUAGGGUACAGAUUUGAUGUGUUCUCCCCACCCCUUUCUCAUUUUCAUUUAUUUUUGUUGUUAGAAUGUUUGUAAAUGUCUCUGCUUUGAUUGAAAACUAGAUGGUGUUGUAAUAAAAAUGUUUACUGAGGUUCUCGAUGAAUUUGGUGAAUUCCUCUACAUGUUUGGCUCAUUUAUAUUAAAUGUGUAUUUUGGACGGCAAACUGUUUUUCAUAUUAAAUUGGUCUAUAAUUAGAUCACAUAGUUUUAGCUGUAUUAGCAUGCGGCUUCAUGGUUUGCAAUAUGUUUUGUGUUAUUCAAAUGGAUUAAACAUUUACAAGGUAAGACAAAUUAGACGAAUGUACUUUUAUUUGCAAUGUGAAUUGAUGGGUGGAUGGGAAGACACGUAUACCUUGUCUACAUGUACAUGCAGCUCUUUGAAUAAUUUUGGUCAGCCCUGAACAACACACUGUAAAC